UUGCAGGGGGGAAGUCCCCAGCCCACCACCCAACCAUACUUGCCAUGUGUACCCCCACUUAGAUUUUACAAAAAAGAGAAUCCUGUGUGCAUAAGUUAAGGUGAAGAGACCAGCUCCACUAGCCCCCCUGGUGGCAAAAAAGGAGAGCUGCCCAUGUUGUGGCAUUCAACCAAGGGGUUUUGGAAGUGGCAAUGGUCUCCCGUGGUGAUUCUUGUCCCCUGGCAGCCAAUUGAGGGUGAAAUGUCCAAAUGUGUGUUUAAGAUUCUAUGGGAUUAUUUUUGUUUUGUGUAACAUUUUGUGUGUACACACACACACUCUCUCUCUCUCUCUCUCUCUCUCUCUCUCUCUCUCUCUCUCUCCCCCCCCCAACACACACAAAUGGAGAGAGAGACAUAGAUCUGUCCUGUUUCUGGAUGAAGCACCAUGCACUGGCUGAGAAGCUGAACCCUGUUUCUGGGAGCUAUGGUGAUAAGCUGGCCCUCCAGGCCUGAGAACCUGCUCUUCUAUGGUCGUGCCAGUCUGAUUUUGAGAUGCACAGGUUUGGAGAUGAGUCUACCAUGGCUCAAGAGUCUCCCAAAAAUUCAGCAGCAGAAAUUCCAGUGACCAGUAAUGGAGAAGUUGAUGAUUCUCAUGAACAUGGCUUUAAUAGGGAUUUGAAGCGUUCAUUACCAUCUGGACUUGGUCUCUCAGAAACUCAAAUUACAUCUCAUGGCUUUGACAGUACCAAAGAGGGGGUUAUUGAAGCAGGAGCAUAUCAAGGUUCCCCAGCACCACCUUUGCCAUCUGUUCUGUCUCCUAGCAGGGUUGCAGCUAGUCGACUGGCUCAACAAGGAAGUGAUUUAAUUGUUCCUGCAGGUGGCCAACGAACACAGACAAAAAGUGGACCAGUAAUUCUAGCAGAUGAAAUUAAAAAUCCUGCAAUGGAAAAGUUAGAACUUGUUAGAAAAUGGAGUCUAAACACCUAUAAGUGUACUCGACAAAUUAUCUCUGAGAAGCUAGGCCGUGGCUCAAGAACUGUGGAUCUUGAACUUGAAGCUCAGAUUGAUAUAUUAAGAGAUAACAAGAAAAAAUAUGAAAACAUUCUAAGACUGGCUCAGACAUUGUCAACCCAGCUUUUCCAGAUGGUGCACACCCAAAGGCAACUUGGAGAUGCUUUUGCUGACCUGAGUUUGAAGUCUCUAGAACUCCAUGAAGAAUUUGGCUAUAAUGCAGAUACCCAGAAGCUGCUGGCUAAAAAUGGAGAGACUCUUCUUGGGGCCAUUAAUUUUUUCAUUGCUAGUGUGAACACAUUGGUGAAUAAAACAAUUGAAGAUACAUUAAUGACUGUGAAACAAUAUGAAAGUGCCAGGAUCGAAUAUGAUGCUUAUCGCACUGAUUUGGAAGAACUGAAUCUUGGACCACGCGAUGCAAACACCCUCCCAAAAAUUGAGCAGUCACAACAUCUGUUCCAAGCACAUAAGGAAAAAUAUGAUAAAAUGCGCAAUGAUGUUUCCAUCAAAUUGAAAUUUCUAGAAGAAAAUAAGGUUAAAGUAUUGCACAAUCAGCUGGUCCUUUUCCACAAUGCCAUCGCCGCCUACUUUGCUGGGAAUCAGAAGCAGCUUGAACAGACACUGAAACAGUUCCAUAUCAAAUUGAAAACCCCUGGAGUGGAUGCCCCGUCUUGGCUUGAAGAACAGUAAAAUCUCAACUGGAGAGGGAAAAAAAAAAAGGAAUUUCUAAACCAACCUAAUCUGAUAAGAAUUAAGCAGAGUUGGGGGAUGUGGUGAGGGUUAACAACUAUUGUAGUGAUUCUUGCACAAAGCUUUAAUUUUUCCCUUCUCAUACCUUAACAAUUGAACUGUUAAAUUUGAUGGGAAGGUUGGUAGUUUUAAUGUAAACAUAAAUUCUCUAAUCCAAACACAGUAAUUUUCCUUUUUGAGAAAUCUUUUUGUAUUGUGAGGGUUGAUGGCUAUUUCUGUAGUUUGAAAACAUCUAAUAUAGAUUUGCACUGACAAGAUAAAAAUUUGAGGUUUUUGGUCCUGGAAUCGAGGACCAGUUGUAACUUUUCCAGAGGGAGGUUUACACGAUUUGUAUCGACAUCAGAUAUUUUAUAUAUGAAUAUAUUAAACAUCUUUAAGAGAUUAAUUUUCAUGUAUUGUCUUAAAGAGAAGAGAAACUAUUUUGCAAAGUAAAUUAUAUGGCGUUCCUGCAGCAUCCACACAGAGGUGGCAGUUCUAAUGAAUGAUUGAUUGGCUCAUGGAGUUGUGGUAAACACCUUUAUAAAAAUGAAUCUACCAUUAUAAUUUUCUUCAGCAUCUUUAUUUUAAAGACACAGGAAUAACACUUGUCAUUUCUGUGGUGGGUCCUUAAGCUUAUGAAUUUGUAUCACCCAGAGUCACUGGGCAGUUAUGUUAGCAAUUUCUUUUGAUUUAUAACGAAACCUGGUUAAAAGAGAUUUUUUUUUUUUUUACAGGUGGACUUGAGAAUGGAAAUUCAUGAUGGUUUCUAGAGUAGAAAUCUGUACUUAGAACACUAGUUUUUGGGUAAAUUUCAUUUUGAUAGUCGUAAAUUCCUAGAGAGCUUUCAUUGACUUCCAUAUGUAACAAUACCGAUUAAGCCUUAAAUCACAGAUAUGUGCCUUCUCAGAUACAAUAAUUCUUGUUCAACCAAUGUACAUAAUCCAUGAAGAAACCCCUUUCAGAUAAUGUUUGAUGUGUCUGUUCCUUGGGAAGGAGCACAUGUAUAAAGAUUGAGUUUCUUUGGCCUCGUUAAACCACAUUUGAGGUUUACAGUGGAAUCAACAUUUGAGUUUGUCGUUUGGUUUCUCUUGAGUCCUUUUAAGGAAUGAGCAGCAGAAGGACUUUUUCAUUUGAGUAAUGAAAAGGUGACAUGGAACAGUAGUGUGGCUGUAAGAGGAGAGGAUGAUGAUUGGGAAGGCCAGUACCGUCUCAGCUAUGCAGCACAUUUGGUUUUGUGUUCUUCGUGGUUGGCCCAUGUCCAACUGUAUGGUUCCUCAAUAAUGUAAUCCUCUUUAAAUGUAAAGUUCUUUUGAUUUUUGUCAUAGACAUAAAGUAAUAUUUUGAGAGGUGUCUCACCUGUUCAUUUCUAUUGUGUUGAAAUGAAGUACUUAAAAUUAUUGUUAUCCAUGAACUUUGUGGACUGUAAAUUUGUUAUAUACGUUCAAUGCCUUUUAGCUGGCUUUUUAAUUAAUAUGCCUGUUUUGAGUGCUUAAUACAAUGUAAUGUGAUUGUAAAUCAUCAGCUUAUUUUCAAUCAUUCCCUCCUGUAUAUUUGUACUCUUGAGAGCCUUAUUUUAUUCUUCCAGCAGAAUAACUUACUUGUGAUAGUUCAUUUACAUUCCCCAGAACGUGCCUCUGGUGUGAAUUUUGUAUUCUUAUUAAAAGUGUUUGCUGCAGUA